AGCACAUCACACUCAGCAUCAUUCUGGAGGACUCCCUGGCAGUCUACCCUCUGGUGCAUCUCGGGGUCGUGGACACCUUCCACGCAAUUCCAACCGCAGCUUCACUUCGGCUCCGCCUCCUGGCAAUUCUCCUCGUUCAGGUGGACCAGUGUGUAGGUUUUGCAAUUUUCCAGGUCAUGUUGUUCGUGAUUGUAGAAAAUUAGCCCGCUUUCUUCGUGACAAUCAUUACGUCAUGACCACUGGGGCUCCGGCAGUAAACACUACUACUACUCAGUUUACUCCCUCUGGCCCUCCCUCACCUGCCUCUCCAUGGUUAUUUGAUAGCGGUGCUUCUCACCAUACAGUAUCUGGAAUUGGCUCCCUUCAGGAUUUCUCUGCCUAUGAUGGUCCCGAUGAAAUUCGUCUUGGUAAUGGAUCGCCUCACGGG